AGCGGUAACAAAAGCGCGGGUAAUUGCGCGGGACAGUCGCGAGACCUUGUUCACAAUUGUUGCUGCGACCGAUUUGCAAAAACUUAGAAAAACUAAACAAAUUCCAAAUAUUCGUAGAUAUCGAAUUUAUUUUGGCGAAGAAACAAUAAAGCGAUAGCACAAUGUUCGAGGCACGUCUGGUACAAAGCGCGCUCCUGAAGAAGGUGUUGGACGCGGUGAAGGAUCUUUUGACCGAGGCAACGUUCGAAUGUUCCGAUUCGGGGAUUCAGGUCCAAGCGAUGGAUAACGCGCACGUUUCUCUGGUCUCGUUGAAUCUCAGGAGCGACGGUUUCGACAAAUACCGUUGCGAUCGCAAUUUAUCGAUGGGCAUGAGCAUCAGUUGUAUGUCCAAGAUUUUGAAAUGUGCCGGUGGAGAAGACACGGUAACUCUCAGAGCAUGGGACAAUCCCGAAUCUAUCAUUUUUAUAUUCGAAUCACAAAACAAAGACAAACUUGCGGAGUACGAGAUGAAACUGAUCAAUAUGGAUCAAGAACAUCUUGGAAUUCCUGAAACUACAUAUUCAUGUGUUGUAAAAAUGCCAUCUGGAGAGUUUACUCGCAUAUGUAGAGAUUUGAGUCAGUUUGGGGAAUCCAUAACUUUUGCUUGCACUAAGGAAGGUAUAAAAUUCAGCGUGUCCGGUGAUUAUGGUUCUGCCAGCAUCAAAUUGGCACAAACUGCAGAUGCAGACAAUGAAGAGGAAGCGGUUAUAAUUAAUAUGCAGGAGCCAGUCAAGUUAACAUUUUCUUGUCGUUAUUUGAACUGUUUUGUAAAAGCUGGCCCGCUUUGCAAUCAAGUUCAACUAUCUAUGUCUGACGAUGUUCCGUUAGUAUGUGAAUACAAAAUCAGCGAUUUCGGCCACAUAAGGUAUUACUUGGCGCCUAAGAUUGACGAUGAGGAAGACAAUUAAAACAACAAAAAAAAGAAAAAACAAGAAAAAUUGAGACUUAUUGAACUGAAAUUGUCGGUACCGGUAUUAAGCUACUGAUUCACAAACUUGUCCGAUUAGCAAUAGUCUUUUUAUGACAUCGUUAUAUUUAUUUCGAUAGAAAAAGACUAAUUGGAUUGACAUUGUAAUAUUUCAAGGAGACAAU